AUGGACAUCGAGGCUCAGCAAAAGAUCGGGGCCGAGGAAAAAUCCCCACGCAAAACAGCACGCAACAAGCCUGAGCGACCAAGCACAGCUUUUCUGGAUGGUCUACGCGGCAUAGCGGCACUCUGCGUCUUCCAUCAACACCUGCUGGGUGACAAUGGCCAGUCGAAUGAGUACGCCAGCUACGAGCGUUACGGCAUCAUUCGAGCAGCCUUCUUGCGCCUGAUCUACCAAGGUGGACCUGCCGCUGUUGCCAUCUUCUUCGUCCUCUCAGGCUUUGUUCUCAGUCAAUCGGCUCUCAGCACGAUUGGGCUUGCACAAUGGAAGCAGUGCCGACUUCAACUGUUGGCCGCGAUUGUUCGGCGGCCGGUCAGGCUAUACCUACCGUGUAUCGCUGUAGCACUCAUCAUCGCACUGCUGAUGCGGCUACCACACAACGUGUAUCCUGAUGCACUCUGGUACAACCGGCAGGACACCUUCUGGCAUGAGAUGAAACAUUUCGUCAAGCAUUCCGUCGACUUCUUCAACCCUUUCCAAGGCUUCAAGUGCCGAAUCACUAUCAUUACAACCCUGUCAUGUGGACAAUUCCUACCGAUUCCGAAGCCAUAUGCAGCAGGUGCACUGAUAAGCGUGGCACUGGUGCUGCUGUACAAGGCGCUCUGGUGGCAGGCCUGUUUCAUUGCAGGCGUUGCUAUAGCCCUGAUCCACAGCGACACCAGCGGCGGCUCACCGACCUCAUGGCGAUCGAGAGUCUGGGUACGCUCAUGCUUAGCCUACGUUGUCUUUGGCGGGGGUUUCUAUCUUCUCAGCCAGCCUGCAGAUGAUGGCCACCAAGAUAUCUCAGCCCAGACAACGGGCUGGAGUUUUCUGACCAGUCUCAUUCCUAGCAAUUACGACGGCGCGAACUACUAUCGCUUCUGGCAGAGCUGUGGUGCCGCCUUAUGUGUGCUUAGUCUGUUGUACACUGGCUUCCUGCAAACGAUUCUGUGCUUGCGGCCGAUUCAAUUUCUCGGCAAGGUCAGCUUCAUGUUGUACAUUGUCCACAUGCCCCUUUUCAUGUGUGUUGGAGAUCGAUGGAGGAGAGCACUUGGGAAUACCCCUUAUAUGUCUGAGCCGAAGUGGUGGGAUAGUGUGCUUCUUGUGCCAGAACACGGGCCGGGAGGAAUCCAGCUGAGAUGGUUGGUAGAAUGGACUAGCAUUCUGGCUCUGGUCCUUUUCACGGCGCAUCUCGGCACAUCAUACAUUGAUGAGCCAUCAGUGCGGCUUAGCAAGCGUCUUGCGGACAGUGUUGGCUUGGGUAGGAAGAAGGCUACGUAG